GGAAAUGCCAAUUAAGUCAAUGUUGGACCAAAUUAUGUGGAAGCUAACAAACAGGAUUGUUGGUAAGCAGAGAGAGGCAGAGAAAUGGACAGGCAGAUUAUGUCCCAAGAUACAGAAGAAAUUGGACAAGUAUGUGGAGUGGGCAAAGAACUGCAGGGUGCAAGAGUAUGGGCAAGGUGUUUUCAAGGUUUUCUCUUUGAACAACACAUACAUUGUUGACCUGAACAUGCUUUCUUGUGAAUGCAAAAGGUGGGUACUAUCUGGCAUACCUUGCCAUCAUGCAAUUGCAUGUUUUAGGCAUGAGAGAAUUGAGCCAGAGAGCAUGGUCCAUUCAUGCUACACUGUUGAGGAAUAUAAGAAGUGUUAUGGAUUUAAUAUGAUGCCAAUGACGGACCCACAACAAUGGGAAAAAAUGCAUGGCAUUGCUGUUCACCCACCCCUGUACACAAAAGUAAUGGGCAGGCCUAAGAAGAACAGGAAAAAAGAUCCAGAAGAGAAGAAGGACAAGACUGGGGUGAAAAAAUUGAGCAAACAUGGUGUGACCAUGCAUUGUUCUGUUUGUGGAGCUGCUAACCAUAACAAGAAGGGCCACCACAAUCAUGUUAAUCAAACAACAACUGAGGAAACAACAAUUGAAGAAGAAUAUGACGAUCCAAGCAUAAUUGCUAACAUCAUGCCACACAGAGUCUACCCUCAACUCGAUCCAACACAAACCCCUGACUCAAUGGUUUACAAGAUGCAAGAAAUGGAGAAGUUUACAUAUCCAGCACCUAGGGAAUUUGCCCCCCUACCUGAGUCUAGCUUCAUUGCCAAUGCCAGAGACUCAAUUCCUAUGGUUAGAGUUACAACAGCCAUGUCAAGAGGCAGGGUGAGAAAGACUGCCAAUGAGAAAGUUGCAAGGCCAAGAAAAAAGCAGGCAAGGGAAGGCAAUAUUGCAAUGGGAAGCAAUGUUGCAACAACUGGAAGCAAUGCUCCAACAAGUGGGGCCAAUGCAAGAGGAGGUGGCAAUGCAAGAGGAGGGGCCAAUGCAUGAGGAGGGGCCAAUGCAAGAGGAGGGGCCAAUGCAAGAGGAGGUGGCAAUGUAAGAGGAGGUGGCAAUGCAAGAGGAGCAAGAGCUGCUGCUCCAAGUUUCUACAACUUGCUAUUUGGACCCGAUGGAUCCACAAUACAUGAACCGCCACUUGUCAUGCAGGGUGAGGAGGAGGUCAUUUUUAGCCAAAAUACACCAGGAGCUAGCCAGGAUCCUUAUCUCUAUGAUGAAGGUUGGCCUGAUGAUUUGCAUGACUUUUUGUCUUUGUAGUUUACAUUACAUGCAUCUUUAGGUGAAAGUCUGAUGGAGUUCAUGAAUGAACUUGUUGGUUUGGUGAUGGAGUUCAUGAAUGAACUUGUGGUCUCUAGUUCAGUAGUUAUUUAGAAGACAAUGUGAUAACAGUUAUGUCACUUUUGGUUUGGUUCGUACGACUAAGAAA